CCGCAGGAACAAAAACGAAACAAGGGAAGAGGAGAGAGAGAGAGAGAGAACAGAAUGGCACCAACAGCAGCAGCCAUGGUCAUGAACAGAGCCCCCAAAACUAUACUGAUAACGGGGGUGAGCAGAGGGCUUGGCAGAGCCCUCGCAGUGGAGAUGGCCAAGAAAGGUCACACCAUUAUUGGAUGCUCAAGAGCGCAAGAUAGGCUCAACUCCCUCUUAGACGAACUAUCCUCUUCACAGCCGCCACAGGACAACAACAAGAACAACCCAUCUUCCUCUAAGCAUCUCCUCAUGAAAGUCGAUGUGAGGUCAGAUAGCAGUGUGCAGGUAUUGGCGCGUGCCGUGAUGGAAACAAAGGGCAUUCCAGAUAUCAUAGUAAACAAUGCAGGAACUAUUAAUAGAAACAAUAAGCUUUGGGAAGUGCCAGUGGAAGAGUUUGAUACUGUAAUUGAUACUAAUAUAAAGGGGAUAGCAAAUAUUCUUCGUCACUUCCUGCCUCUUAUGCUUGGACGCAAGCAAGGGAUUAUUGUCAACAUGUCAUCUGGUUGGGGAAGAUCUGCAGCUGCACAGGUUGCACCAUACUGUGCUUCAAAAUGGGCAAUUGAAGGUAUGAGUCGGUCAGUCGCCAAGGAGUUGCCUGAUGGAAUGGCAAUUGUUUCUCUUAGUCCAGGUGUUGUAAACACUGACAUGCUUGCAUCGUGCUUUGGCAGUUCGGCCUCUCUAUACCGGACACCAGAAGCAUGGGCUCCAAAGGCAGCUACUUUGAUACUCAACCUUUCAGUGGCAGACAAUGGAGCAUCUCUUACGGUUUAAAAUACCAGAUGAGCUUAUCGACAACUUACCUAACCUUGAGGCAUGCAUCGGACUGGUUGUUGAUGUAAUUCCCAUUCAUGUAUGUAGUGGUGGUUAGGAAAAGUACGAGGAUGAGAAGCCUUCAAAUAUAUAGGAGCUGGAUUCUUUUUUUUCUUUCUUUUGAACACAAUAUUUGGGUGAAGUGGCAGUAAGCAGCAGCAACUGUAGGUAACCUCAAAAUGGUAGUGAUCAUCUCUCAUUGUGAUUGAAGUGACAAUUAAAAGAUCUGUCAUCUCCACAUAUAUUUAGUUAUAUGUAAAUAUAUUGAUAAACAUGAGCUCAAUAUAAUUCAAAAUCUUGCAGUGAAA